AGCAGACAUAAAAACUACUGUUGGAGCCUUAGUCCUCACACUCACCACACCUUGCAGCAGACACACAGCUGAGCACAGCUCACAGCCAUGGAGCCCAGCACCAUUCGAGAAGGAUACCUGGUGAAAAAGGGUACUGUACUGAACUCAUGGAAGGUGGUGUGGGUGGUGUUAGCAGAUGACGGAAUAGAGUUUUAUAAGAAGAAAACAGACAGCAAUCCAAAGGGGAUGAUUCCAUUAAAGGGAGCCACGCUGACCAGCCCCUGCCAGGACUUCAACAAGAGAAUGUUCGUGUUUAAGGUGAGCACAGCUAAGAAGCAGGACCAUUUCUUUCAAGCAACUCACCUGGAGGAGAGGGAGCUCUGGGUCAAAGACAUCAAAAGAGCCAUCACGUGUUUGCAGGGAGGCAAGAGGUUUGCCAGGAAGUCUACCAGGAGGUCCAUUCGAUUGCCUGAAACAGUUAAUCUAAGUGAGCUCUACGUUUUGAUGAAAGACCAAGACUCAGGCAUUAAAGAGAUGAAAGUUGAAAAGGACAAGAAGCUCUUCAGCCACUGCUUCACUGGUAACACUGUGAUUGACUGGCUGAUCUCUGAGGGGAAGGUCAGGAACAGGGCAGAAGGUGUGAUGUUGGCCACAGGGCUGCUGAAUGAGGGCUUCCUGCAGCCCGCUGGAGAGAUUUCUAAAGAAGCCGCUGAGGGUGGUGCAGAGUCAGUGCUGCUGGACCAGCAUGACGCUCUUUACUACUUUGCUGACAGCGGCUUCUACUGCGAAGGCUACUCGAGUGACGAGGACGUGAUUGUGAAGGAGGAGUUCAGAGGAGCCAUAGUCAAACAAGGCUGUCUGCUCAAACAGGGUCACCGAAGAAAAAACUGGAAGGUGAGAAAGUUUAUCCUGAGAGACGAUCCUGCGUACAUCCACUACUACGACCCUGCUAAGGGUGAGGAUGAUCCUCUUGGCUCAAUUCACUUGCGUGGGUCCGUCGUGACUGCAGUGGAUUACGUGCCAGAUGCUAAAAGGCAUGAAGUGGAGGGAAAUCUGUUUGAGAUCAUCACUUCAGAGGAGGUACACUACUACCUGCAGGCAGCGACUUCCGAAGAGCGCAACGAGUGGAUCAAAGCCGUUCAAGCGGUGGCUAAGUCUGGAAAAUAACUGCAAAAGACUCAAGAGCAACCCUGACAAUGAAAAUCUACAUUAUUUCAAAGAAUUCUGUCAUUCCUUUCAAACUUGCAGGAAAAAUGUUGAUACAAAUUGACCGAACAACACUGUAUAACUCUGUCAUAUACAGCCAUAUGCAAACAUCCCUGGUCAAAUAAUGUUUUGUUGAUAAUUUAAGUGAAAAAAAGUUAUCCCAUCCUCCACAAGGAACUUAAAUAUAGCAUUUUUCUGCAAAUA